AUGGUCAGUAUGCGGAUCACCUUCUACUUACUGCUUGUAGUAACUCUCUUAGGAUGCGUUUUUGCGAAUCCUGUAAGCGAGGAUCCUGUGGCUGCAGCAACUCUAGAUGAUGUGGCUGAUUUGGGUGGUCAGGAGGCAAAGGAGGGCGAUAGACCAGCUCGCUGGCUAGACGGAGGUUGGGGAGGCGGCUGGAAUACAGGAUGGGGUGGAGGAUGGACUGGCAGCUGGAACGGAGGCUGGAAUGGAGGCUGGAACGGAGGCUGGAACAGAGGCUGGAGUCUAUCCUACAGUCCCUGGAGAAACAGCUACAGUAACUAUUGGUGGUAGCAGUCCCAAAACAGUAGCUUCCCAAAAAUUGGUGUUAGCUUUGGAAUAAAGUGAUACAAAAGUAUAAUCAAGUUAUG